AUGCCUGUAUUUAGUAGAAUUGCUGUUAUUUUAAUGUUUAUUUUUACAAUAAUAUCAGCUUCAAUUUUAUCUGGAAUUACUAAAGCUUUUAAAAAUGAUUUAGAAAAUUUUAAUAAUAAUAAUAAUAAUGAUAAUGAUAAUAAUAAUAAUUCUACAAAUUCAUUUUAUUAUUGUAAUAAUAGUUGUGAUGAAAAAUGGAGUGGCGAAAUAAAAACCGAUAAUAGUGUAACUGGAUUUGGACCUGGCCCAGCUUUCAUUAUCGCAUGUUGUUCAUUACUAUCAGAGCUUUUUUUAUUACCCUGUGUAUUUUUAUUUACAUUUAUACCGAGAAUUUAA